AUGGGCAGCGACUAGGAGGCACUCGGGAGGCAGGGAGGGCAUGCGAACGACGGUGGAGCGCACAGUUCGGUAGUCGCCAUUGCGAGUCUCCCUCGUGUCUCGCGCAUCUCUGACCGAUUCUCUGAUAUUACGCGUGGAGCCUGGACUCUAUUUUUCCGCUAAUUCUAAUACAAUACAUCCCCCCGGUGGUGGGACCCCAUGCGCGAUACCCCGAUGCAGAGAAUUUGCAGCGAGCUGACCGAAAAAUUGUUGAAAUCCCUUGACAAGGAAUACAAUGUCGUCGAUAUACGAGCUGUUGUCGAUGUCAUUUCGACAUUGGAAAAGACGACAGUCACUAAAGAAGUGUUGGAGAUUACGAGACUUGGAAAACACAUCAAUGAACUUCGUCGAAAAACGAGUAAUGAAGCCUUGGCCAAGCGUGCGAAAGAUCUGGUACGCCGCUGGCGAGACAUGGUUUUACCGACGGUACACUCUACGCCGAGUCAGCCUACCCUGGCUCUCAACGGCGCGAAAGAGAUGGCCCUGAGGAAUUUGAAGCCACAGAGUCCUGCAUUGCGAGAGCUUAAGCCUCAUAGUCCUUUAUCUCUGAAAGAUGCCACUCCUCUCAGAGUUCUUAGUCCGGCACUAUCAGUGCAUAGCGACCAUUCACGAUCUCCUAACGCAUCGAACAACAAGCAGUCAAUUACCCUGACCAGCAAUCACAGGAUAAGUUCCUGCUCGAGGAAUGCGUCCCCAGUACUCGGUACCUCGAAUCAGAAUCACGUAACGGAAGCGGUGCCGCGUACACACAGUUCUAAUAAACGACUACGGAAAGAGGAGAGCAGCAAGGACCAAUGUCAAUACUAUCAAUCGCCGCAUGGAACUGAGUCGACGAUAGAAGAAGUCAAGAAGCAACGGCUCAACGGCGAGAACAUAAGUGGUAAUUUAAAUUCGCAAGUGCCUAGCCCUACACUGAAGGAACGAAUCUCCGAUUGUUUCGCGGAGACUUCUCUCGAGACUACGAACGACGAAUCGGGCCCGAAGAAGCGCGGCCGUAAAAAGGGCAGUAAAUCCGCGAAGCGACAAUCGUUUCUGGAAGAUAGCGUGAAAGAGAAGCUGGCCAGUAUCUCGAGGAAUCCGAAACUGAAGACCACGCAAGAGUUACUAGCCGAUUUACAGGCGCGCGGAAGUAAUUGUAGCCCCAUCGGCAGCGCCAAUGCCCUACCUAGUCAAAGCGUCGCGGAACCGCCGAGCACGGAAGAUGUUCUGCGAGGUAGCAACAAUGAGCAGGUGUUCAAGCAUCUGCGCUGCUCAAGCCAGAAGAACUCCCAGAGUCUUCACAGAAGUGGUCUGCCUUCCUCGGAGACAUCCACUGGCAAAACGCAAAAAGCGGCUCGAUUGAGAGCCGCAGAGAAUUGUCGCGAGUCGCCCUCACCUGAGUCGUGUCAUGACAGGCUGCGUGAAGACGAUAGGAUAUCAGAAACUAUCGAGACGUCGACGUGUCGAUCACCGUUGCAACGGGACCUCACAGUCGAGGAAAUAUUGGCCAAGUUACCGCCCUUAGAUCCCAGCUCGAUAGACUGGGGCGAAGACGAAGAACGGGACGACGCCGAAUGUUUUCCGCCACCGCGGGAUGCUACCGCCGAGGAUCUCGAGAGGUUACACAUGCAGUGUAUCGAAGGACUUAACGGGAACUUUCAGCCAAGACUGUCGAUGGCGACUGCGUGUUCCGAUGGUGACGAGCGCUCGAAUGCCAGAGACGGAGGGAACGGUGUGUCGUCAGGAUUGUCGAACGUGGAUAGUGUAAAAAGUGUGCAUAACAACCAAACUGACAAUGUGGAAUUUCGGGAGUGGCAUCAGAUGCUAGCGAGGCCCAGUUACCAGGGCGAGAUCCUCAACAUAAUGCCUUAUGUUAUUAUCGAUUAGUGAUUUUAUCAUCUUAUUCUAUUAUUAUCCUUUGUUCCUUCCUCUUCCCCCCUCCUCUCUUCUGUCCUUGAGAAAAGAAUUAUGAGGAGAAUCUUGAGAUAAUUAAAAACAGCCAAGCUGAUCGAGGAAUCACUUGAUCGAGAUUGAUCUUAAAACUAACGAUUUCUAUUGCGAUUUCUGAUUGUGCUCUUCAUUUCUAUUUACGCUGGCGCACUACACCGCAACCAUUCUUCUUGUCAUCAUCAUUCCCAUUAAUAUAGUCGCUAUCUCACUGAUCAUACAAGUGCAACCCUGAGCGGCAAAUAGCCAUUCUU